AUGAAUCAAAAUAUUGAAGUGAUUGAAGAUUACUACGAUUUUCAUCAUACAUAUCUAAAAGCAUUAAUCAAUUCCAUUUCAGUAGAUAUGAUUAAGGAACCCUUUAUUGGAGUAUUAUCAAAAAAUGUUCAGGAUGAUGGGAGUAUGCAAAAGGUUUUUCCUAGACAUUAUAAUAAUGUUCAAAAAGCUGAAAUUCAGUAUCGUGUACAAAAAAAAGCAGAAUAUGGUAGGCUUAUGGGUAAUUUUAAGAAGGCAUUAAACUAUUCAAUGAAGGAUGAUGAUCAAAAGGUUUUAAACGAACUUAUUUUGUCUUAUAUCUCUGAAAAAGAGAAAAAACGUAAAGCUGAAAGUCAAAUAACAGUUAUUUAA